AUAAUGUAACCUCAAAAGACUCCUAAUAUCUCUGUUCGACCGAAACCCUAGUUUUCAUAUCACCCUAUACGAGUUGUUUCUGAUUUCUCCGGAAGAUCAAACAUCAGAUGAGAUUCACGAUGCUUAAUUCGUUAUUUCGAUAUUUCCUUAACAAUUUGAAGAUUAUCCCUCAAAUUAGUUUGUGUCGAAUUGGGGGUUAGGGAAAAAAAAAGUAAGUAGGGAUUGAAGGAAACGAUGUCAAGUGAAGAUGAAUUAUGGGUUCCAAUACUAAUUAAAAAUGCGUAUUCACUUCCGUGCCCUCUUCCUCAAUGGCCAUCUUCUCCUCAAGGUGGUUUCGCUACUGGAAUAAUAAACAUUGGAGAAUUGGAGAUUGCCAUGGUUAAAAAGUUUGAAUAUAUAAGCUGUUACUUCCCACCUGCUACUUCUUUUUUGCCUUCGCUUAGUUCUGGUGGUGGUUUCUGCUUUUUUAAACCGGUAUCCAUACCCGAUGGCUUCUGCGUCCUUGGUCAUUCUUCUAUGCCACGCGUCAAUCAACAACUGAAAAGUGGUUACAGUAUUGUUGUCCGUGAUGCCCGAACCAAAACCAACGUUAACACUAACACUAAUUCCCCUCCUCCUUUAAAGUUCCCCAUCACUUACAUGUUGAAGUUUCUCGACCACUUGCUUUACGUGCGGGUACCGCUACCUCCAGAGGGUUAUCAAGCUAUGGGAUAUGUGGUUACCACUUCUUGUGUUGGACCUGAACUUGAUGAAGUUGUUUGUGUGCGGGACGAUCUUGUUUUUCGUUAUGAAACAGGGAAAAAUGAUCCAAAUCCUUUCUUUAAAACUGUAGUUGUUGGCGUCAGUCACCAUUUCAAAGUUCGCGAUCCAGAUGAUAGAGAUCCAGAAGUGUAUGUUUGUUGCUUGAGAAAUUUGAAUCCCAAUCUUGAAGCAAUGCCGAAUCUGGAGCAACUAGAGGCGUUAAUUGAUCAUUAUGGGCCCACGGUUUACUACCAUCCCGACGAGGUUUACUUACCGUCAUCAGUUACCUGGUUACAACAGACCUCAACGAACGUCUAAUGGGAAAUCCGGCAGCCAAAAGGACGGUGGCUAUUCUUUUAAUUCACCCCCACAGGAUGCCAUCAAACAUGGCAAUCUUGAAAGUUCAGAACUUUAUGUUGUCGUUAAACCGGCUUUAGGUGGUACUUUCACUGACAUUGAUAUGUGGGUAUUUUUUCCUUAUAAAGGUCCAGAAACAUUUACAGUGAAGCUAUCUAACAUCAACUUGUACAAUGUCGACGAACACGUGGGCCACUGGGAACAUUUCACACUCCGGAUAAACAACUUUGACGGUCAACUUUGGAGCGUAUACUUCUCAGGGCAUAAUGGAAACAGUAAAUGGGUUGAUGUUGGUAAUUUAGAGUUUACCCAAGGAACAAAUAAGCCCAUUGUUUAUUCAGCCAAAUGGGGGCAUACGACUUUCGCGUAUAGUGGGACGUACAUUCAAGGGUUCCCAAAGCUUGGGAUAGGAAUGAAGAAGGAUGUUAAAAAAAGUGACCUGUUUAUAGAUGCAAGCAAAAAGUAUCAAAUUAUUUCAGCAGGGUAUCUUGGAGGUGUUGUGGCAGAGCCGUUUUGGUUGCAUUAUAUGAAGGAAUGGGGGCCAGAGAGCGUAUUUUACGAUAUGCGAUUCAAGCUUGAAAAGAUAAUCAGUCAUGUGCCGUUCUUGUACAAUCAAACAUGAGAAUGAGGAACUCAUUUGAUGGCUGUAUAUGUGUGUUAAUUAUCUGGUUUGUAAUUAUUAGUUUUAUCUAGUUUGUUGAGUUAUAGAGGUUUUCUGUAAUUCCUGUUUUAGAUAGUUCUGUCGAUCUUUAGAAGAAAGUUACAGAAAUAUUCUUAGAAAGUUACAUGUUUACAGAAUUACAGUAAGAAAUUUGGAUUUUCACA